UUUGUUUGCCGUUAAAGCCGUUUUUGUUCCGCUGUGAAACCGGCGGUACUGUACGACCAAACCGUAAAAACAAACCCGCGUAUUAUUUGUUUAUUAUUGUUUAAUUUUCAUCGUCACCGCGUUUAAAAUACGCUUAGUUCUCGAGUUACUAUAUUUAGUGAACUGUAUAAGCUAAAACAACCGACGCGAAUGUUAAAUUACUCUCCAUUAGUGACAUAAUAAUAAUAAAAAUAUACACAAUGGAGAAAAAGCAGAGCAAAUCCGACACACAUACACGCCAUCAUCACCACCACCAUCAUCACCAUCAAAAACACCGUCACCACCACCACCAGACCUCCAGCAGCAGCAGCGAUGAGUCCGGCGGCAGCAGCCCGGCCCACAGCGCACCCAUAGCGGCCAACGCCUUCGCCAACGACGGCAGCUUCAUGGAGAUGUUCAAGAAGAAGAUGGAGGAGGAGGAAAAGAGGAAGAAACAACAGCAAGAGGAGGAGGAGGAGAUGAUGAAGGGCAGCUCGUCUGCAGCUCAAGCCCCGCAGGACAAGAAGGCGUUUAGCGCGAGCAGCUUUGUGGGCAAGAGGAGAGGAGGCGCGAGACUGGCCCUCAAGACCGGCGUGGUGGCCAAGAAACUGAAACAAGACUCAGAGGUGGAGGCUGGGAAAGGAGACGCCUGGACGAAAUACAUGGCAGAGGUGAAGAAGUAUAAAGCUCAUCAGUGUGGAGACGAUGACAAAACCAGACCUCUGGUCAAAUAGACUCAAUCUGCUCUGUCUUCUUCAUCUCUCUCUCUCUCUGUGAGUGUGUGUGUGUGCUGUAUAUCUGAUAGUUUGGUUAUUUUACACACACAUCACCUGCUGAGCUUCAGUUUGUCCAUGGCAUUAAGAUCUCCUUCACCCUCUUGGUAUUUUGUAUUCAUGUGUUUGGUGUGUGUGAACGAGGUGAUGAUGAUGACGAAAAUUAAACACACACACACAUUA